AUGGAACAGAUACCUCAAGUAAAUCCACAACGCGUUUUCGAUUUGAUUCUCAUCUCAAUAAUAAGCCCCGUGACACAGAAGAGACAGUCUAAGGAUGUCCUAAAUGCAAAAUUGAGCCAAGAAACUACUAAGCCAGUGCCCGCGCCGGUAUUAUUCAACAAGCUUCUGAUAGCAUACAUAUCUUUACAGAUACAUCUUCUCGAUCUGAACUUCGAUAUAGUAGCGAAAACUAUAUUGAAGAGCUCCUCGAAUCCCAUUCCAAGUAUA